AUGCAAGUCGCUCAAGGUAAGGACGAACCGGCUACGAAGAUUAUUCCGAAUUUGGCUCUUAUGAAACAAUUGCAAUUGGAUGGAGAGCCUGAAAUAAGACGAACACGCAGAAAUAUUGCGAUUCUAUUUGGUAUUUGCAUUGUUUUUAAUGUAUUUGUUUUAAUUAAUUCGAUGUUUACAAAUACUUUCUAUGUGUGUUUACUACAUAAUGGUCGUUAUGAAACCAUUGCUGUAUGUUUGUGUGGAAUAUUUUAUUUUGGAUUAGGAUUGUUGGCUGCUUGUCGAUACUCUGAAAUAGGUUUGCGAGUGAUUGGUAUUGUGGGCAUAUUUCAAUUGGCAAUGUUAGCUCUUUCCAUUGUAGGCCUUAUCGGGCUUGCUUUUAUGUAUAAAUGGCUAGAAUCGGUCUCUAACAUGUAUUCGAAUGAAUAUCGAUCUAGCACGGAUCAGGUGAUUAGGAAACGAAUGAUUCCUAUUUUUUGCAUUGUAUUAUACACAAUUGAUUUUAUUCUAAUGAUAAUCAUGGUAAAAUUAGCUUUUAAAUUGGCUGGAUUUAUUGGUGCCAAAAAAGCUAUGACCAUUCAACAAGUUCAAUAUUCCAUUUCUAACAUGCCUUAA